AUGAAAAAUCAAACCUCAAAUGAUAACUCUCUAAAAUCUAUUGAAGAUUCAUUUUUUUAUGACGAAUUUAAAAAUCCUUCAUCUUUUUGGUAAAAGUAUGAUUUCGAAGGUUAGUAAUCAGAUUAGCACAUAAUUUUAAUGGGGAAGUUAUAUUUAAAAUCAUAAAAAACCAAAAAAUGGACUGCUUAUCAUUUUGAAUUAUAUUCUGACAAAUUAAUCAAAAUAGAAAUAUAAAAUUUAAUAUAAAAAGAAUAUUUACAAAUAAAUUCAUGUUUUCUAAAGAAAAUUAAAUAUUCAGAAAACUCUUAUACAAAUUACAAAUAUGGAAUGAGAAUUUCUUUCGCAGAGCAUAAAACUGAAUUAUUUGUCGAUAAUUUAGACUAUUUUAAUAAUUGGUAUGAUAAAAUGAAAAGAUAUUGUAUUUUAUAAAAGUUUAGUAAAAAAUAUAAAGUUUUAACUAAAACUAAAUGUUAUUCUCAUAUGCCCGAUUCUAAUUUUUAUUAUAAAUGUUAUAGAUAUAGUGAUUCUAAUUAAUACUGUGUAAGAAUUAUAGAUAAAUAUAUUGUUAGUGACUAAAAUAAAUAAAUGCUUUUAAAUGAAAUUUCUAUUUUGAGAGUAUUAAACCAUAAUUCUUUAUGUAAAUUAUAUGAAAUUUAUGAAGAAGGAAAUAAUAUGUUUAUUAUAAUGGAUAUUUUAUUAGGAAAAAGUCUUAAAAGCAAACUUGGAGAUAGUAUUUUUGCUGAUGAAAAAUCUGUUUCUGAAAUAAUAUAUUCUAUAUUAUCUGGUCUAAACUAUAUGCAUUAAAAAGGAAUAUUUCACCGAGAUUUAAAAUUAGAUAAUUUAUAUUUCAAGAAUGCCCAGAAUUUAAAAGAGAUAUGUAUAAGUAAUUUUUUUACUGCUGAAUAUUACAAUGACAAAUAAAAACAGCCUUUUAAAAAAUGUGGAACAGCUGGUUUUAUUGCACCUGAGAUAUUUAAAACAAAAUCAUAUGAUUCUAAAGUUGAUAUAUUUUCAUUAGGAGUUGUAUUUUAUAUAUUAAUAUUUGGAAAAAUGCCAUUUAACGCUGCUAACCCAGAUUAACUUCUUUUGUUAAAUGAAAUCUGUGAAAUCGAUUUUGAUACUAAGGAUGCUGCUAUUAAAUGCUCGUGUUCCUGUAUUGAAAUUCUUAAGAGUAUGCUUGAAAAAGACCCUUUGAAAAGGCCUGAUAGUACUUAGCUAAUUAAGCAUACAUGGUUUAUUAAUAUGAAAAGCAGAGGAGAAGAUGGAAGAAUGAAAAAUAAUUACUUUGGCAUGCCUACUUUAUCUACUAUUUAAGAAAAAUCAAGUGAUUUAGGUAGUAGACAAGAAGUAUUUUCUCCUAGAAGAACAGAAAGUGGAAGCAAAAUUUACGAAGAAUAUAACUCUAGUAUCCCUACUUUAAAUUAAAUGAUGCUUUCUUUAAAUAGCAAUACUUUUUGGAAAAUUCCUUCGAAGUAUAGACACGAUUUAAUUAAUGGAUAAUGA